CCAAAAAGCGCCGAGCAAGACACCGCAGCAAGCCCCACAGCACGACGUACGAAAUAUCCGCCCAGACAGAUCCACCCACUUUCGUUGUCUGACACGAUGCAGAUGGCGUCCAACGAAUGGCGUCUACUACUUCGGGGAAGGGAGCAAAAGUCGGUUGGGGUGAUGGUGGGAAGGAGCAGUCGCCGAUGAGACAUCAGGUGAGAGGCAUCACAUCACAUCAUAUUAUCACACCUACAUGCCAUGCAGAGCGUGUCUGUCUGGUGUGUUCCGUUGGCUUCUGCACAAUCAGAGCACACUCCGUCAGCUCCAGGCGCGAAAGACAUUGGACGAUAGUGCCUCUUCAAAGAUCGGCAGUGCACGUGAGCCACCGUACGUAAGGCACACCAAAUCACUGCUCUUCAUGCUAUUGGCGAUAGGCAGUCUAUGAUGAGCAAAUUAUGGGCGCAACACCCGUUCCCGAGGUGGGUUGGAUAAGACGCACAAAACAUAUCCCCGAAGCAGCUCACGCAAUUGCCUUCAUGUCUCCAGGAAGCCUCGUCGAAGGACCUGAGGGAACAGAGAAUGAGGGAUCUCCAGGGCACACUGAGAGGCUUUGUAGACGUCGGGGGCAUUCUCGGGAGAAGAUGGCUUGCGGUACGCUGACUUGUCAAUGACUCACACAUGCGUACCCAAGGACGAUUACACGGACCUCACCAAUCCACCCAUUAUCGAGAGCGGUGUGUGUGUCCCCCGUGCGUCUUAGGUGGUAUUGGUGACUCCUGCUUCUGGCGAGGGCGCUCAUUACUACCUGAGGUUCUUCGCAAACGAAAGAAAAGCCGCAAAGGCGGGGCCGUUAUCGGAGGAAAGCAAAGCCAGGUAAAUAGAGCCACCAUCAUGUUAACAACAAGAAAAUACCAGACGGACGGUGGCUGUGCAAUUGUGCAAUUUUCAGCGAUAUCAACGCAAGACACAUAAAGGACAUCAGGAUGUCGCCGCGUUCUGAUGGCGAGUUCACGCUCCUCGUCGACAGGAAGGGCACCGGCGCGUCUGACGAAACCAUCCGGCUGCAAUGCCCAGACGUACGCGUGGGUAUACGUGCCCUACUUACUGUACACGGUGAUACACGAUAAUGGCAGACAUUCACUUGUCUGUGUGUGUGUGUGUGUGUAUACGCUGAUGGGCAGAGAGCUGAGCGUGACAGAUGGGUACACGGACUGUCCCUGUUUCUGAAAGAGCUGUCCGAGGGCACAGAGGUCAGAAAGAGGGAUAGUGGCAGGUCGAGAAGCGUGGAGAGACGUCAGUAGCUAGG